AUGGAGUCACCCCAGAAUGCGCAAGAUGCAUUUCGAGAAGAGCCUGCUACGCAGCCUCCGGAGGUAGAGGGGAAAGAGCUAGAACACAACGUCGAAGAUCAUCAAAAGAGAACGGAUAUCGAAGCCCUCAAGCAUGACUUGAAAAACAAGGUCAAACCCGACAUUCGCGACAACGUAAAAGAGGGUGGAAAGAAUUCUCCUGAUCAAACUCACGAACAAACAGUCGAAAACGAGAAGCAGCUUGAGGCUACACUUGGAGACGAUGAAAGCGUCGGAGAGCUCGGAGAUGCAGAGGGCGGAGCUGAAUUGCAGCAUGGUCGUAACCAAAGAUCUCCUGAGACAGGCAACGAUGUAGGAAACGUUCAGAUUCCUUCGCCUGGCCAAGAUGAACAUCGAACGUCUCUCGAAGACCUACUGAAAUGGCCUCCAUCCCGUGUAUGGCACUCUCCUGGGCCUGCGGGGGGAGAACAAAUACUACUGCCACCAUCAAAAACCUCAUCGACGAUUAAAUUAGGGACCUCGGAAAUGGAACAGCUACCUUUAGGGCAUUCAUUAGAACAAUUAAUGUUGCAACCAGAAAAUGUUGCUCUCCCCAAACGCAAAAAGAAACAAGCAAAAGACACAGAUUUUGGGGAUUGGGGCCUAGUGGCUAGUAAGGCUAAGGAUAAACACGUCGAUGAUUGGGGCUUCGGUGCUUGGGGGGCGACUAGCAAGUCUAAGACGAGAAAGAAAGGAAAGAAGAUAGAAAAGCAGAUGCCGCCUUUACCGCCGCCGAUCGCUCCUGAGGUAGAAGCCUAUCGGGCUAACGUCAAUCGGCUGGCCACAAAUUUCUCACAUUUCGAGAACGUUGCUGCUGGAAAGACACGCCAUCAUUGGAGUCCACGAAUUGUUGUGCACAAUCGAGUCGAGCCUGCGCAUCCUGAGGUCAUCGCAAUACAAGAACCUUGGAAGGAGCGUCAGUCAGCACCACACUACCAGGAAUUUUACGACACGCUAAGAAAUGUUCCGGUCGGUUGUGUCCAACGAACUAUUCUAGUGGAGGAUCUUACCCCAUCUUUGAUCGACCUCUUGGGAGCAAGUUUUCAGAUUCCACCACAUGUUUUUGAAGAACAUCUGGAAGGGGGAGGGUAUAGAACAACGCCAGAGAACCGCGAUAAUGCAAACACAUGGCAUACCCGCUCCUCCGCUCAAGGAUAUUCGUCUAUUACUUGGUACCGCCCGGUCUUGCCGCUGUUCCCUAUUACCUCGAGAUUUCGAGCCCGGCUUGUUAGGGAUCGAAAACCGUCCCUCCGCUGUGUUUAUGACGGCUGUGAACGACGUCACGACAUCCGUCUGCAAACGACCGCAAAUAUCUGGCGUCGUAGUCUUGAACUCUGUCCUGAACCCGGAGUUUAUCACAAAGGAUCUGAGACAGAGUUCCCCGUAGGAUGGGAAGAAAGGGCUACGAUUUGGACUCGAGAUAUUGAUGGCUGUAGAUUCGUGAUAUUACUACUCGAUCCACUACCGGUCACUGUUGUUAGUGAGAGCACAGGGGGUGCCCAAACACAACACCAGCACCGCCCACCGGUACUCGUCAGUCUGUUGCGAAGACCAGAAGUGCUAAUGACGAAGGCCCGCACCUCUCGGGCCAAAGAGGAGCCUCAGUCUAGCAAUGUUCAAGACUGGAUUGCACAAGCAUCUCACUAUUCUGUUGAUCCCGAUUCUCAUCGUCCUGAAAGCUCACCGUUGCCGCCACCUCCAGAAACAAUGCCAGUGCAAUUACGGCCCUUACCUAUUACACUAUCUGCUGCAGGCCUACCACCACUACCGCCGCCGCCGCCGCCACCUGGAAUUGCUCUAAUUCCAGUACGAAGGAACCAAUCACGGACUACUGGGGCCAAGAUUAAGAUCCAGGAGGCAGAUUUCUCUCCAGCUGCUUUGAGGCGACGAGCCACAAAGCCUGAUAUGGAGCUCCCUUCGCCUUCAAGCGGUCCUGAAGACGUUGGAACAUCCAAUUUACGCAACAGGAAACGCUCUAUUAGCGAUUCUAGGAAUCCGCGUCCGCCUUCAGUAGAAGUGUCUCGACCACCACUGCCACUUGUAGAUGAAGAAUCUAUAGUGACUGAAACCCACGGACCUUUCGUUCCAUUCCACCCAAUCAAAGCCAGACAGUCUUCAUCCGCCAGAAUCGGUAAUGUCUUUACAACCCUGCAUACCCGCGCGUACCUAAAAAGUUUGCAAGUCCCGACGUCAACGUUGGAAGAAUUCGAGUACUUCCUGCAGCGGCCUAGCAAAGGAAAAGAAACGGCACAUGAUCCAUUCCGGGCGCUCUUCCGUGUUAUCCACGACGACACACACAGCCUCGUAGAUAUUAUUCGCAUUUCUCAACAGCGCAUUCGCGAGGGCACCAUGGACGAGGAUUUGAUGCAAAAGCGCGUCACCUUCUGGAGGGGUCUACUUCAUCGACUUAAUUUCAGUCUCGCGGAGGUGGAUCAACGGCUGCGUGCAUUUGUGCAUUUCACCUACGACUCUGAAACGCAUCCUUUCACGUUUGAUCAGCGCACAGAACUGCCGUCUGAGAAGCUCGCAAAAGAAACGAAGCAAACGCUACGCAGCUGCAUCGAUCUCCUCGACCGGUCAUCCAACUCGCUACUUGCCGAAAUGCAGAUCGUCGACAGUCGACGAAGCAUAGCGGAAGCAGAGAGCGUCUCCAAACUCACCGAGCUUGCGUUCGUCUUCAUCCCGCUAUCCUUCGUAGCGAGUCUCUUCAGUAUGCAAAUCCACGAGUUGGACGGAGGCGUGUCGCUAUACGUCUUUGUGAUGGUGGCAAUUGGGUUUGUGCUCGUCGCCUAUGCGGGACGCCUUAGCAUUCGCAGCUCGCGCCUGAUCGAAUACAAGAGCAAAGUCCUGCUCCAAAUCCGCGACAAAUCCCAGAUUCAAUACAACCAGCCUAUUCCUACACAUACCUUCCUCGCAUGGGUCGGCAAAGCUAUGGGCGGGAUAGCAAUUAAAUCCAUGAAGAGCUUUAUUGCAGUCUUCGCACCGCUCAUGCUCGUUUUGGCGAUCUUGGCUGCUAUCCUUAGUCCUAUCAUCUUGCUUUGGCUACGCAACAUUAGUAAAGGUUUCACAGCUGUCAUUACGGUAUUGUUACUACUACUAGAUGUGAUGCUCGUCUAUCCAGUAGUAGUCACCGCAUCUGGAACGUUUGAGCUCAAUCCCAGAACAAUGAUACGCGAGAUUCAAAGGAACCGCGAAAUGAAGCGAAAGAGAAAGAAUAAGACGAAAAAGCGACGAAAGGAGAAAGUGGGCAUAGAUCCAGAGUCAUUAGAUGUAGAGAGCAGUGAUGAAAGCGAUAAAGAUUAUGUGUAG